AUGGGUCACCCCGAUGAGAUUAACGCUCUCGAGGCGCAGCCCGACUACAUUGACAACUCGGGAGAUUUCAAAGAAACUGAACAGGAUGAGCCAGCUCAACUUCACAGAGAGCUCAAGUCUCGUCACAUUUCUAUGAUUGCCAUUGGUGGUGCCAUUGGUACUGGAUUGGUUGUUGGUACAGGUAGCGCUUUGACAGCCGGACCUGGAUCUUUGCUUAUUGCCUACUGUUUUAUGGGUUUCGUCGUUUGGACGGUUAUGUGUGGACUGGGUGAAAUGGCUGCUUGGCUACCAUUGGCCUCCGGUUUCACUGGUUACGCUGGCCGUUUCUGUGACCCUGCUCUCGGAUUCACCCUCGGAUGGUGCUACUACCUCAAAUAUAUUAUUCUACCACCUACGCAACUUACCGCCGCUGCUCUGGUCAUUACCUAUUGGCCGAAAACAUCAGCAGAGAAUGUCAAUCCGGGUGUUUGGAUUGCCAUCUUCAUGGUGGCAAUCAUUGUGAUCAACUACUUCGGCGUGAGAAUUUUCGGUGAAUUAGAGUUUUGGCUCUCGUCUUUCAAGGUGAUUGUCAUUCUCGGAAUCAUUUUGUGCUCUUUCAUCUUCGCAAUGGGUGGUGGUCCCGACCACGACAGGAGAGGUUUCCGCUACUGGAAUGAACCCGGCGCCUUCGCCACUAAAUAUACCGGUGGUUCUCUUGGAAAAUUCCUUGCUUUUUGGUCGACCAUGGUGCAGGCCACCUUUGCAUACCUCGGUACCGAACUCAUUGGUGUGACCGUCGGAGAGGCUCAGAACCCCCGGAAGACCAUCCCCAAAGCCAUCAAGCUCACCUUCUGGCGAAUCCUCGUGUUCUAUAUUCUCAGUGUGCUCUUCCUUGGUAUGCUAGUCCCAUACGACUCUCCGGAUCUGGUUUUCGCUACCAAGGCCAAGAGCUCUGCUGCCGCCUCGCCUUUCGUGGUGGCAAUGAAGCAAGUCGCCGCUCUUCCCCACAUCAUCAACGGCUGUAUCCUGGUGUUUGUGUUUUCAGCCGCCAACUCUGAUCUGUACAUUGCGACUCGAACUCUGUACGGUCUUGCCCGUGAGAAGAAGGCUCCUAAAAUCUUUGCUCGCACUAACCGAGCUGGUGUCCCAAUCUAUGCUCUGGCACUGUCGUCUUCUUUCUGCUUGCUCGCCUUUAUGAGUGUUUCCAGUGGCUCCAAGGAUGUCUUUGGAUACUUCACCGAUAUGGUGUCAAUCUUCGGAUUGUUGACAUGGAUCUCCCUCUUGAUUACUCACAUCUUCUUCAUUCGCGCCCGACGUGCUCAGGGUGUCGAUGAGACAACACUGGCCUACAAAGCUCCUCUGGGGAUCAUUGGUUCCUGCGUUGCGCUCUUCUUCUGUGUCUUGGUGGUCUUCACUCGCAGCUUCGGUGUGUUUAUCCACAACCCGGCAAAAUACGGCAAUUUCGACUACAAGACCUUCAUCACUUCCUAUAUUGGAAUCCCCCUCUACAUUAUGGCAUUUGCUGGGUGGAAGAUGUGGAAGAAGACUGAGAUUAUCAAGCCCCAUAACGCUGAUAUCUGGACCGGCAAGGCCGAAAUUGACCGUGAAGAGGCCGAAUAUCUGGCUAUGGCGGCCAUCGAGGACCAAAACCUGUCUGGCUGGAAGAAAGUUUACAGGAAUAGUCUCGCGUUCCUUUUCUAG